UACAUGCGCUCGAUUCUCGUUACAAUGUAUAAGGACGCAAAAGUCGAAGGAAGUGUUAGCAUCGUACGUAUUGGCAAGGAGAUGUCACGUGGACGCAACAUUCACUGACCCACCAACAGAGAACAUCAGCAAGCCCUGGAAAGCCGAAUACACCAGUUAGAGGCCCAGCUAGCAGCGCACGUAAGCGCUCCAAUGCACGGUUUGGAAGGCAUAGACCAAACCCUCAUGGACACCGUAUCCAACUUCGACUGGCAAAGUCCUCCGCCUCCUUUGACGGUCAACACAAGUUUCCCGGCGUCGUAUGGCCUGGGGAGCGAGGUCGACCUGGCGCCUUUCUCAGCUGGCAGUUUACCCUCGAUUGCGAUCACUGAGGCGCAGUCAAGCCCGGUCCCCUCAUUUUGGUCUGGUACGACAAGGGCCUCGUCUCCCGAGCGACUUCCCACAUCGGCACCGCAAAUGCCGCUGAAUCUAGUGAGACCACCCUCAAGCCAACCGUUUUCUCCUCCUAUUGCGCCUCCUAAUCCCCAGUCCUGGGAGUUUAUCGAAGCUAGCGGCCACCUGAAGCCACAAUCCUCAACCGUGGCCAGUAGAGACCUGUCGCGGCGCUCAUCCAUCUCCUCUGCCUCCGUCGAAAGCGAAGAAGUAACCAGCUCGCCCUUCGACGGCAACGAGAGUGACGAUGUCGACGUCGGUCCCCUAGCCCCAGCCCCACGGCUGCCACGCCCAGGCGUCUUCUCUGCUCACUCAGGAAGCCCAGCUCCAUCCGAUCGAAGCAGAGCGCUAGGCGUAAUACCACUGCCCAGCAGAUUCGAAGCCGAAACAUUGACGUCCGAAUUUGUACAACAUCUGGAAUCCUUUGAAGGCCCGAAGCCGUACACGUUGAAUCCCAGGCUCUUUGCAAGAUUCUGUGAAAUGGUGUAUCCAGACCCUAAGAGUCGCGCAUCGUCUGUAGAUGCGCCGGUUUCCGUCCCCAUGGCUCGAUUUCACGUCUUCCUCGCCAUGGCCAUUGGAAUGAAGGUUCGCAUCAAGGACAGCACGGAAGCCACAAACGCUUUGCUGGAUAGAUGUUACGACCUUGCCAUGCAGCAAGCCUCGAAUUCGGUCUUCUGGCAGGAGCCGGGUGGCAUCGAAGCUGCGCAGCUACUAUCGAUCUUUGCAUCGAUUCGACGAGAGAUGUGUAGUGAGCCUAAGCCGCUGCGACCUUCUUUUACGUGGUAGCCAUGGGCAGCCGUCGGAGUUCUGAUUCUGUUUACGCUUGAUGCCUGGAUUUCACCUCGCAAUUCUUUCGUUUUUUAUGAUUGUUGUUAUUGCAUCUGGGAGUCUGUAUUCGCAAACCGGCCGAACGCUUUCUGUACAUAUCUUACGAAUUACGACGCAAAAGUAGAAAUCCAAAGUCCAGGCUAGACCGACGUCUGCUAUAUCUCAAUAGUACUGUGAGUGGGUUUCGUACUUCGGGCGCCCUGGGCUGCGUCACUGGUGCGACAAAAGACUGGAGGAACGCAUGACCAGCACCACAUCUCGUUGACAGUACGGAGUACAGGAGACAAGAGAUGGACUUGUAUGAAG